AUGAAUUCUUCUAUGCUUUUGAUCGAUUUCCCGUCAGAGAGUGAAGCCGAUGAAGAUGGUGGAGGAGGGGAAUGCGAGGAUGGCACUUGUUUCUGUCAUUCAAAGAGUCCAAGCCGUGAAGCGGUCUCUCGCAGUAAUCGUCGUCAAAUGGUUGAGAUCAGUCUCGAUUCACCGCAUCCAAAUAUUUUGCCACCAUUUAACAUUUUA